AUGAAGCUGGGAGAUAAUAUGACCAUGGAAGCGUACAACAUAUGGGGAGACGUUCCUCCGCGAAAAUGUCGACCACCGAAGAUAGGCGAUAUUCCAAAGCACAGCGCGGUCGACGAAGAAUCGCCAGGGUCCAUCUCCAAGUCACUGACUGUUCCUCCCACGGACUCGAUAGAUUCCACGUUGGACGUAUCGCUGGACUCCUCGAGGAACAUCGUUUUUCCAUUAGACUCUAGCUCUUCUUCGAAGCACUUUUCCUCGAUUCAGAACUUGGAGCCUAGAAAUGUGACUACGUCUACAGAGACCAGAUUUCAGUAUCAUCGAGGAACACCACCUCUAACGCUGAGUUUGGGAAGCGAAGUGCAAGACUUUUGGUCUGUGAGACAAGAACCGACGCUUUCCAGACGGGGAGACUUCGAGAGAAAGUCACCGUGUAUUCGUAGUUCGGAAGGAUUCGUUGAUUCGGAUAGCAAGGUGACUAUUAACUUGCCGUUGGAGGAGUCGACGCUUAAGGCGAAAGAUAGCGAGGACUCGUUCAGAAUCCCAUCCAGUCCCGAGGAAGUUUCUGACAGUGAGAUCGUCGAGGUUCGAAAAGACAGUGCUCUGUUUCUCGAAGAAGCGGAGGGACUACCGACCCUGCGCGAGAUUCUGAGGUCCAGGGGGCCCAGGAUCGUCAGACCAAGAAGGGAGAGCAGCGGCUACGCGAGCAAUUUAGGCACUUUCGACGAGGAUCGACGGAGUUCCUCGUCCACGGACGUUCUACAAGACUUGUCGUCGUUCUUGAAGGACAGGCGGCGAUCUUCUACCGGACUCAAACGCCUGAAUUCCAGAGUGAUCCUCGGCAGGGCCGAGGAAAGUCUAACAGAGGAGGUAGUCGAUAUUGAGACAAACAGGAUGCCUACCACGGAAAUGCACAGAAAGGUGUCCAGCACGGGACUGGACAUGCCUAACAUCGACGAGGUGAAGGAACUGCUGAGGGACGAGGUAGCCUCCAGACAAAUGAGCAUGGACAAUCUGUGUGAUCUCGUGCAACAUACCAGCGUUGAAGAGUUGUCUGCAACGAGACUUCGAGAUCCGUCCACAGUCAUAAUCGACACCUCGUUUCCCAGCGAAUCGCUCGAUCGCCUCUCCACUUCCCCAACGUCCAGGAACGCGUUAAACCGGAUAGUUCGCGAACGUACCGUUCGAAAUGUCAGCAAUGUUCUCGAGGAACUUGACCAAGCUAGCGAUCGAUCAAGCUUGAAGAUCAGCAUCGAGAGAUCGGAGUCUACCGUCGAUGAGAUUAGAAUCGUUGAGGAAUCUGUUGACAGAUUGUCGAUGGAAUCGUGCAAGGAGGAAGAGACCAGUGAACCCGCGGACGAUGCUCAGUUGAGGGUCCUUCCGCGAUCGAUCAAAGUGUACCAGCUGCUGUCGACCCAGUCCGAAGACAGAACCGAUGGAGAACUGCAUCUAUCGGACAGACGGAUCUCUUUGCAGAUAUCCAAACAAGACGAUUUAGUCCAGACUGUGAUAUCACCUGCUGAAUCGAACGACGACUUGUCGGUUCACGAUGGAGGUAGCACUUUGACGCUGAACAGCAGCGUUUGUAGCGACAUGGGCACCCGGAACCUGGCAUUCGUCGAUGACGUUAGGAAGGUACAAACUCCUAGCGACGUGGGAUCGAGUCCGAGGUUUCUAGGGGAUGCUUCGAACGUCAAUGUUAGACCCAUUUAUCCGUAUUGUCCGUACUCCCCGUAUGGUAGUCCUCAGGGAUCGCCCAGGAACAGGAGGAGACCCCUCAGGGAGAGUCGAAGGGUCUCCAUUGACAAUAGACAGGGUGCUCUGCAGCUAAACCAGUACAAACUCCUGGAUAAUAUCGGGCAAGGCUCUUUCGGUAUAGUGAAGUUAGUUUACAACGAGGAGGACGAGACCCAUUACGCGAUGAAAAUCCUGAGUAAGAGGAAACUGAUGAAAAAGGCAGGAAUCUUUGGUAGAAUGGCACCGGGUAGAAAGGGAGCCGCGAACCCUUUGGCGAAGGUCUACAGAGAGAUCGCUCUGUUGAAGAAGUUGGAUCACCCUAACGUCGUUAAGCUGGUAGAGGUUCUCGAUGACCCGGACGAGGAUAAUCUUUACCUUGUUUUUGAACUGGUUCAGAAAGGCGAAAUCCUUCAGAUACCGACAGAUAGACCUUUGGACGAGGAAACUGCCAGGAAGAAUUUCCGUGACGUUGUGAUGGGCGUCGAGUACCUACAUUACCAGAGGAUAGUGCAUCGAGACAUAAAGCCAAGUAAUCUACUGGUGGAUAGCGACGGACGUAUCAAGAUAGCUGAUUUGGGGGUUAGCGCGGAAUUGAGGGCAUCCGGAGAAUUAUUAUCCGGACCAGCCGGAACUCCAGCCUUCGCGGCACCCGAAACAACCACACCUGGUGCCCAUUAUUCCGGAACUUUAUGCGAUGUAUGGUCCAUGGGGGUAACGCUGUACUCCCUGGUAACUGGAAAAGUGCCAUGGGACGGUGCUGGUAGCAUAAUCGGCGUCCAAGCAGCGAUUCGCACGGAGCCGAUAAAAUUUCCCGAGAAGCCAGCUCUUUCCGAUGAUCUCUGCGAUUUGAUCUCGAAAAUGGUGGCUAAGAAUCCUGUUGAUAGGAUCUCGUUGCCAGAUAUAAAGACGCACGUAUGGCUGACUAAUCAUGGCGCCGAACCACUGCCUAGCGAAGUUGACAAUUGUCGACUUCCUGUUACCGUUACCGAUGAAGAAGUAGAAAGGGUGGUCACUAGGAUACCAAAGUUGGAUACUCUGAUCCUCAUCAAAACCAUGUUGAAACAGCACAGUUUUCAGAAUCCGUUUUUACCAAAGAAGAGUGGAAAGACGGUGUGUGCAGACGCUGUGGUCGACGGUAUGAAGCUAUCUCCGCCUGGAAAGGUAGAGGAGACUAUGGUGCCAAGGAAGACGGCCAGGAACGCGAAAACGGAACGUUUUCAGCGAACUGGUAGAAGUAAUUCUGCUCCUGAUUCUUAUGACUGGCAAGCAAACGGCAGACAGAUGUCCAUAGACAAUCCUCUACCCCCAGUCACAGAAGCAUCCACUCAAGAAACCGAACCUGAGAAACGGUGAUAUUACUAAGAGUUUUUGGUAAGUAUCAAAA